AACCAGCCAAAGGAACCUCGGUUGGACAUGGAGCGCAGGCGACUGGCGAUCCUGCUCCAAAGUCUAGGACAUCCUCGAUAGGCUGUCUUCGUGUGAUCCCUCUGUUCAUGUUUUUCGCGGAACCUCUCGUGUUGUAGGUAUGACGGGUCGUCUCUCCGCGCGGACUGUUUACGGAAAGGAGUUGAUUAACCGGACCGUCUCCUCGGAAACUUGCCAACCUCGGGACUAGACCUCGGGAAAACAGCGGCCGUGAUGAUGGAUGGGCUGCCCCUACCGGGAGGCUGCGUGGACAGGCGGGGCACACCUGUGGAGCAUGGUGACCGGUACACACCCGAGGGCAAGGACCCCUGCGAGCAGUGUACCUGCCAGCGUGGACGACCAGACUCCUGCUCCAUCACGUCCUGCUACCCACCAGCGCACUGCCACCAGCCGUACCUGAGGGGCUCGGGCGAGUGCUGCGACUACGCCUGCAAUGGCACCACGCUUGGCUCACCCGAUGGAGCAGAUGUGCAGAGUGCCACUACCCUGGGCCUUCGGAUGGUUGCCAGCACGGUGGCGUCAUUCCUCAUCGUGGCUCUGCUGCUGUUCAUGAUCCAUCGACUACGCAAGAGGCGCCUACUGGUCAUGAUACGAAGGCUGAAUGGGUGCCGGGCAGCAGCCAGCCUGGAAGAGGCCUGCUUGGCGCGGCAGCUGGCACUUGAGGAACAGGGUGUUGGCUUCCUGGGCGGUUUCUGCCCUGACCCCCCUCCCCCAUACACCUUCUGGAAGCCCCCAGAGGCUUACGUGCCUCCAGGAGAGGCCCCGCCUCCUUACGAUGCUCCUCCUGCACUUAUUGACCGACAGCAGGAAAUUGCGCCAAAUUCUACCGAGCCAUUGCCGCGCGUUGCAUCGGCCACACCUCCCUUGCUCUGUGGAGGCUCGUCAACCAGCUCUGAGGCAGGGGAGCCACCUCAGCAGCAACGAGCAAUUCGCUCGGAUGCCUACUACGAGGACGGGCUGCGACACGUAACAGUCGUGCUCGUCGGGGACCAGGCAGCACGCAGGCGACUGUCACACUGCGAACCGUCUGUACGGCACCUGGUUCAAGAUGGCGACAAGAGGCUAAGCUUGCAGGGCCCUCCUCCGAAUCAGAACAACAAUGUGUACCCUGACCCAACCUCCUGGGGGGGAGAAGGCGAAGAAGGUGGAAGUGAGACAAGCUCAAGCUGCACUGCCAGUGUGGACGACCGUCAGGGUGCAUUCAGCCCCACCAGCAGCGAAUCGAGUGCUUCCGCAGAUGCCCCGGAGGUCGGCCAAGUAUCGCAGCCCGCAGCUGCCACCGCUGCAGACCCGCCCAAGGCGAGGCAUCCCUUAGACAGGACCCUGCAAAGGCUCAAACGCUUCUCUAUGCCCAAACGCAAGGCCUCCAAGAAGGCCUCCGCAGCCGGGGCGUCGUCGUCGGCCGAAGGCAUCGCCACCUCCUGCUGCCUCGGCCACAGCUCGGGCGUGGCGUCGAACAAGAACCGGACCGGGGAACCCAAGGCUACGGGUUCUUCGGCACAGGGUAACCAGCAGCUGCCCGAGAGUGCCGGUGGCCUCGAACGGCUGUCUGCACCUCCAACAGAGGCUCGGAACUCUUCUGCCACCCUGCAAGAGACUGCGGAAGACAAGGUCACAAGGAAGAAGACGGGCAAAAGAAAGCUGUUCUCACUCCCCUCAUGGGACAGCACAGUCCUGCGGAGGGUGCCAGAAGGCUGCAGCGAAGCACGCGAUCCGUCGGAAGCUCGCGUCGCAUCGGAAGCAGCUACACCCACUGCGGGGAGAGUGAGGGGCGCCACGCGUCCCAGCUCCCUAGAUCUUCCGACGGCCACGUCGACGCCCAAGAAUCUCGCUUCCGCCUGCCCUGUGGUCAUCACGGUCAAGUGCAGGCCAGUGAGGACAGAACCGCCCAGUAGUGGCGCGACGGAUUGCCGGGCAGAGUCUCCGCAUUCUUCUUCUUCGUCGGCGUCUGCCUCCUCGAAAACGAACAAACAGCGGACGCCGGAGGUUACUGGUGCGGGUCCGAAGCCGAACGGUUCUGUGACUGUGCAACCGUAUGUGGAGGCAGUGCAUACAAUUCCACGACAGAGCGUUGCGAGGCAGGUGGCCCGUCUGGAGGCACAGGGAUUCCGGCCACCCAAUGCUUCGUGCACCUUGCAGAAGCACUGCCGGAGUGCUUCUCACGACAGUCGUUGCCAGGAACGACUACACUGCAAAGCGCGGGAAGGACAUUCGGCCUCGCAGCCGGCUGCUCCCUUUUGAGUGCGUGCGAAUGUGUGCUCCCCCCUCAUGCGCCCACAGAGAUGGGAAGACUGAUCAGUGAUGGGGCUCCUUCCUUGUAAUAAAUGAACUGAUAGGUUCUUAGCUUAGUGAAUGUCAUAGGAGCAGCGAGUAGGCAUAAGCAAUUUUAGAUACUUCAGUUUUGUGUGAGUCGUGCUUGUGGUACUUGAA